GGGUCAUCAUCCUAAUCUGUGUGUGGACACUGGACAGUUAACCAACAGCUGUUAGAAAGGAGUUAUUACUAAAACUAACCAAGCUAUUUAACAAAACAAAAACAAAAACGAAAAGAAGUGAUUUAAAGCCGCGAUGAAUCGACUUUGGAUAUGUUUGGUGUUUGUUCUGGUAUGGCUCAGUCUUUGGGAAUCUGCUGAGACACGAAGAACCCGGUUCAAACCAACACCACCACCGAAGCCAAAACAAACCGAGAAAGAUAAAGCUAUUGAGAAUCUAGCUCCAGGUCAAAACAUCAACAUUGAUCAGAUGAGUGGGAAAUGGCACCUGAUUUCCGUGGCAUCAAGGUGUAAGAGUCUUCUACAGAAGGGCUUCAAAUUGGAGAGCACUACCAUAAACUUGAAUGUCAAUGGUGACACGGUGUCUAUAGGCACUAUAACCAAACUAAAUUAUGAGUGUUGGGAGAUCAAGCAAAACUUUAAGACCACCAAGACCCCUGGACAUCUUUUUCUCAAAGGUAGGACACCCAGUGAGAAUGUGGAUAUAUUUGUGGUUGAUACAGACUAUAGCUCCUAUGCUGUGUUGGUUUUCAAGAGAACGGGGAACAUUACCAUAAAACUAUACGGACGCAAGGGUAUUAUGCCUGAUAAAGUAUUGGAUGCAUUUGAGGAUCGUGCAAAGACAUUUGAUUUAGGAUUGGAUCUUGUUUUCCAGUUUCCACACUACGGUUUUUGCGAGUCCGUAGAUAAAGUGCUGGAAAUACCCUAAGACUGACCUCCAUCUUAUUGCAUAAAUUCAGAUUGAAAGAUACAAGCACUCACUGCAUAUUCAAACCGCAGAGAAAAUAUUCUGGUCAGGCAUGCAAAUAAUUGAAAUAAUAAAUUUAUUGUGUAAUUUCAAA